AUGUGGUGGUUCCUCAUAAUCUCUCUGCUGACCCUCCUAUACUACAUCUGGCAGAAGCUGAGGAAUUUGGGCAAGAAAUAUCCCGUAUGUUUGCCCCAUCUGCCCAUCCUGGGGAGCCUUCCAUAUAUGAACUCCUGUGACCAGGCACACAUCUACUUCACCAAGCUUGAGGAGAAGUAUGGCCACAUCUAUGCCUUUUGGCAGGGUCCUUGGUAUGCCGUGGUAGUGAGCAAGUUCCCACUGGCCAAGGAAGUGCUUCUCAAGAAGGGCAAAGAUUUUGCCAGCCGCCCCCGAAUGGUAACCACAGAUAUCCUGAGUGGCUCUGGCAAGGGAAUUGCCUUCAGUGAGUAUGGUCCCCAGUGGCGAAUGUAUCGGAAGCUGGUGCAGUCCACCUUCUCCUUGUUUAGGGAUCGCUCCUCUCUGAACUUUGAAAAGAUCAUCUGCCAAGAGGCCAAUACUCUAUGUAUGUCCCUGGCCAACACAGAAGGACAGAACUUGGACCCGGCUUUGGACUGUUUUCUGGCUGCAGUCAAUGUGAUCUGCCAGUUUUGCUUCGGCAACUCCUGGAAGCAAAAUGAUAAGGAUAUAGAGAUCAUGAUGAACUUCAGUGAUUCCAUUGUCAAAAGUCUGGCCAAGGACAGUCUGACUGAUAUAUUUCCCUGGAUUCAGCUGUUCCCCAACAAACAGCUGACACUGCUGAAGGAGAACGUCAAGUUACGGAAUAAGCUACUGGAGAAAAAAAUUAAAAUUCAAAAGGAGAAAUUCAAGAUAGAUUCUGUCAACAAUCUCCUGGAUAUGCUGCUGAAAGCCAAGAUGAACAAUAAUAGCCAUCUGACCCAGGAGCCAGAGAUCACAGAUGAGCACAUUCUGAUGACGAUGGGUGACAUCUUUGGAGCUGGUGUGGAGACUACGAGCAGUGUUGUCAAGUGGAGCAUAGCUUACCUGCUGCACUACCCCCAGGUAAAGGAGAAGAUCCAGAAGGAAAUUGACCAGAAAAUUGGCUUUACCCGAACACCUGUGCUCAAUGACAGGCAACAACUUCUCCACCUCGAGUCCACGAUACGUGAGGUACUCCGCAUACGGCCAGUGGCUCCCUUGCUCAUCCCCCACUUGGCAUGUACUGAGAGCAGCAUUGGAGAAUACACCAUCCCCAAAGGCACCAGGAUCUACGUCAACCUGUGGUCCAUCCAUCACGAUCCUACAGAGUGGGAUGAGCCAGAAAAGUUUAAGCCAGAACGUUUCCUGGACAAGAAUAAGGAACAACUUAUCAUGCCAACCUCCAGCUACUUUCCCUUUGGAUGUGGACCCCGGGUCUGUAUUGGGGAGUUCUUGGCCCGGGCAGAGUUAUUCCUCUUUCUGGCCUGGAUCCUACAGAGAUUUGACCUGGAAGUACCUGACGAUGGAGAACUCCCCUCCUUAGAGGGGGAAUAUGGAGUGGUCUAUCAGAUCGCUCCCUUUAAAUUAAAGUUUAAGCUGCGGAAGGCCUGGAGGGAGGCUCAGCUCAGUGCCUAG